GGCACCCCGCCCAGCCCCCGGCGCCCCCGCCACCCUCCCCGCCGCCCGCCGCCCUCCGCGGCUCGCGCCUGGGGUGCGCCUCCUCCCUCCCGCCUGGGCCCGGCGAGCUCCGCGUCUCCGCCGCGCCUGCUCCGGCCGGGCAGGCUCAGAGCCGGAGCAUGGACGCCGAGAAGCCCCGGGAGCCCCAGGAGCCCCGCGAGCCCGGGCCUGGGGCAGAGACGGCGGCGGCCCCGCGCUGGGAGGAAGCCAAGACUUUCUACGACAACCUCGCGCCCAAGAAGAAACCCAAAUCGCCCAAGCCUCAGAAUGCGGUCACCGUCGCUGUGUCCUCCCGAGCCUUGUUCCGCAUGGACGAGGAACAGCGGAUCUACACGGAGCAGGGCGUGGAGCAGUACGUGCGCUACCAGCUGGAGCACGAGAACGAGCCCUUCGGCCCUGGACCCGCCUUCCCCUUCGUGAAGGCUCUGGAGGCUGUGAACAGACGGCUGCGCGAGCUGUACCCAGACAGCGAGGAGCUCUUUGACAUCGUGCUCGUAACCAACAACCACGCUCAAGUGGGGGUCCGCCUCAUCAACAGCAUCAACCACUAUGACCUGUUCAUCGAGAGGUUCUGCAUGACAGGUGGAAACAGCCCCAUCUGCUACCUCAAGGCCUAUCACACCAACCUCUACUUGUCAGCUGACGCGGAGAAAGUGCAGGAAGCCAUUGAUGAAGGCAUCGCGGCUGCCACCAUCUUCAGCCCCAGCAGGGACGUGACCGUGUCCCAGAGUCAGCUGCGCGUGGCCUUCGACGGGGACGCCGUGCUCUUCUCGGACGAGUCGGAGCGCAUCGUGAAGGCCCACGGGCUGGACAGGUUCUUCGAGCACGAGAAGGCUCACGAGAACAAGCCUCUGGCCCAGGGCCCACUAAAGGGCUUCCUGGAGGCGCUCGGCCGGCUGCAGAAGAAGUUCUAUGCCAAGGGCCUGCGGCUAGAGUGCCCGAUCCGCACCUACCUGGUGACGGCCCGCAGUGCGGCCAGUUCCGGGGCCCGGGCUCUCAAGACCCUGCGCAGCUGGGGCCUGGAGACGGACGAGGCCCUGUUCCUAGCUGGUGCGCCCAAGGGCCCCCUCCUGGAGAAGAUCCGCCCACACAUCUUCUUUGAUGACCAGAUGUUCCACGUGGCUGGGGCUCAGGAGAUGGGCACCGUGGCCGCCCACGUGCCUUACGGCGUGGCGCAGGCACCCCGGCGAACUUCACCUCCAAAGCAGGCCCCACCUGCACAGUAGCUGAGCUCCCGCUUCAGGCUCCCCGUCGCACCCGGACACCUCGCCCUGUGGACCUUGCUAGUUCCUUCUGCAUGUCUGCCUCGUCCCUGUGAGUGCGGUGCCUGUAGGAGAUCGUGGGACUGGGCUAGCAUUCUCACCAUCCCCUGUUUAGGGAAAACUCGGGGCUGUGAGCCAGGCUGAGACAGCAGGACUGGGGCAGAGAAGCCGGGUUUCAGGGAGAAGAUGAUGGGACUGAGGGCCGGAGACGCCAGGAUGCCUGGCUGGGAUGAAGACCAGCUCAGUGGAGAGCAAGAACUCUCCAGUGAGAUAGAGUGGAUCUGGCUUCAAAGCUCUAUCCUGGUCUUCAUCACACGACUUUAAGUAAGUCUGUCCCCUUUGUGGGCCUCAGUAUUCCCAGCUUUCGGGUGGUUUUCAAACUCUCGUUUAGCCAAAGAAGCUUGGUUUUAGAAGAGCGCCCUCUUUUUAAAUUUUGCUAAAAAUUUAUUCAUUUGGGAGGCGGGGGGGGGGGGGGGGGUCACGCCCAUCUGCUGGUUCACUUCCCCGAAGCCCAAAAGAGCUAAAGCUGGGAGCCUGGAGCUCAGUCCAGGUCUCCCAUGUGGGUGGCAGGAACCCAAUCACUUGGGCCAUCACUGCUGCCUCCUGGGGUACACAUUAGCGGGAAUCAGAGUCAGGAGUGGGGCCGGGUAUCAAACCCGGACACUGUGCUGUGGGGCACAAGCACUUGCCCAGCCCACGUCUGCCCCCAGAUUGCCUUCUCUGAAGGAAGCGCUCCGUGCCAGGGCUGCUGCUGCAAUGGGUGACAUCUUUGUGCCAAUUGCAAAAGGGACGUUGUCUCUAGAUGAACAAAUAACACAAAGAUGGCCCUUCCUCUGGCCUCACCUGGACCCUUGCCAGGUUACACAGCUCAAUCGCAGAGUGGAAGCUGGAUCUCAAGUCUCCCGCCUGCCCGUCCCUCCACCCAGAGGCCUUUGUCAAGUGGGCAAAGUGUGCAGUGCUCCACAGCAACCCCACCAAUAAUUUGAUGUGUUUGGAAACCACUAGACAAGAUGACCCCUCUGCUUCCUGCGAUUCUGUAACCCAAGCCAUCUCGGGUCUGUGUCCAGGUGGAAGGUUUGUGGAAAGUGACAGAAAGUGUAAAUUUCACCAGCAUGCAGAUUCUCCUCAGGCCAGCAGGGGGCACUGCAGGCUCUUCCUAGGGAGGCGUGUUAUUGGCGGCCAUAUCAAAGUUUCUUUUCCUUUUAACCAAAGUUCAGUUGUUCUUGCCCAUCAACCCCCUGCCUCAGCCUUCACUCUCCCAGUUACUGCACCUGCUGUGCCGCAGGCAAAGAGGCACAGUAUCUGGCUACUGCUGUACGCAGGGGGAGAAAGCACAGCGGCUGAAGCUGACGGUCACCCAGGCUGCACCCAAGGGCACGGUGCCACCUUCGUGAGGUGUGAGGCGGCCGGCGGGUGUCUGGUCUGAGACAACGGAUACAAAGGCAGCGACCGCUCCGAGGGGAAGGAGGUGAAGUGUGCGCUAGCAAAAUCCUCCAGCCUGUGAGUGGGAGGCCAGGUGGAGCUGCCCUGCAGGGAAUGAGCUCCCCGUCACUGGGAUGCUAUGCGAGGGAUUCCAGGAUGGGGCGAGCUGCAUCAGUGGAUCCUCCACCCCUGUGGGAGCCCCCGCAGUGCCUCUUCACCGUCCCCUCUACCUCUACCUGGCUGUCUCUGGAGAGUGUGCAGCGGCGGUGCCGGCCCCCAGGAGGACCAAGGAGGAGCUCCUGCGAGGAGUCCGAGCUGUGAGCGAGCACCUGGGGAAGGAAGCCAAAGGCAGCGUCACAGCGGGCGGGGGCCUGGCGGCACAAGGCCUGACUCUGCCCUUGGGUGGACUCAGCCUGGAGUCUGAAUGGGCACAGAUUCUGGGCACUGGGGGGGGCAGAAAGUUAACCCAGGAAGGAGGAAAAAGAACAUGGAGAUGCUUCUUAAAACUGGCGAUGGUUUGGGCUGGAAGAGAAGUGCUGGGCUGGCCUUUUGCCAUCAGUGCUGGCAGCUCCAGCGGCCGGUCUCAGGGAGGAAGGCUUUGCCCCCACUGCGGCUGUCUUAUCAGGGGACACUGGCGCCAGUGCACUCAGAAGGGCGCGUCGGAGAUGGCUUUGCACAAGGUCGUUUUCCUCGCAUAGCCGGGACCACUGUGGCCAACACAGCAGGCCUCAGGACGCAGGCCUGGUCUGGAGUUCCCUCCACUGCCGGAGCUCUAAGCCUAGCCCAAGAACAGCCCCAACAACAUGAAAAGCAGGUGAGAGGGGAGCUUGGCCUCGGAGUCACCUUCAGUGGGGGCCAGACCACGUGACAGCCAUCUGCUGCCAGGAUCAGAAUUGCCCCUUGGAGGAGUCUCCAGGACUCAUGGAGCUGGUAGUUCUAUGAAGCUUGCAAGGCUGGGUACAACCCAGGCUUCCGAAUGGCAUUAAGCUGCCUGGCCCAGGGGUGGGGUGACCCAUGCACUGGGACAACAGCACCAGAUGUCACCCAAUUGAGAUAAACUCCAGGGAUUCUGAGACCUAUGAGGUCCUGCCCCGGGGGCCGAACGAUGAACAGCUGCUCUCAGGAAGCAGAAUGGCACUGGAAACACUAAGAUAAGGUGCAGUAAAAGCCGUGGAUCUUCCUGGAGCCACCACUAACAGACAGGGACAGACAGCCCCGGGCGGUCCAAAUUCUAUUACAGAAACCACAGGGAGCAUCUCUGGCCUGGGAGUAAGCGGCCCGAGGUGCUGGGGGCUGGCAUAGGCCACAGCCAGACAGCCCUGAUGGUCUCGUGCGGGGAGCAGUGUUUAUUGCAUCAUCUGGAAAUUACAAAGCCAGAGGAGCGCCACAGCCCCAGGCCUGACUGGGGACCGCAUGGCUCAGGCAGAGAGGCCUCCACUUCUGAAAAUCUGCACCCCUUCCCUGGAAAGCACCAUUUCCCAAAGAAGUGCUGCAGAACACGGUUCCCAGCACAGGCUGGUCCGCAGUGCUGAUCCCGUGGGGAGCAGACACCCUGCUGCUGCACACUGAGGUUGCCAAGAUCACUGCACAACAGCCCUCUCCCUGGCCUGAGAGCCCCAUCAGAUUAGCAGAAAUGUAGCAGAAUAUACCAGGAAAAACAAAACAAACAAACAAACAAAACCAGAAACCCGCAAGCAGUUCAAAUCCAAGGUCGAUUUGGCAUUAUAGUAAUACCCAGUUCGUGUGCACUAGCACAAACUCGUGAGUAAAAUACUGAAAUGCCUCCACACCAGGAGGGUCCCUCGGAGGCCGUGGUGGCCGUGGCCCUUCCACUGUGAACUUUCCCAUUUUCUCAUAACCCAGCCUGCAGGCGGCUGCACCAGCCCUGUGGCCAGAGAACCCUCUGUUUUAUGGUGUCCCAGCCAUGCUGGCUUAGGAGGUAAAAUAACUUGCUCAAGGCCCCACAGCGCUGGAACUGAAACUCGUAUCUGUCUGAUGCUGGGGCCAGGCUCUCAACCAUUUUGCCGUCCUGUUUCUAGGAGAGAACUUUGGAAACUUCAUGGAACAACGAAGAAAAUACUAUGCAUGGAUUGCAAACCAAUUUUGCACCAAAAUAAGCUUAUCUUUGAAGUCCAUUUCCGGUGAACUUUCUGAAAUACCCUUGUCUAUUCCCAUACGGACGCCCAUAUCAAGAGAAACUUCAUUCUGAGGCCUUUGCUGAAGACGUGUUCCCGACAGUCCUGUUGGCUUCCUGCCUGCUGGAAUGCAUUGGAGCGGGUACAUGUUUGCUAUGGCUUCCUGCAUAGCAAGAAACCGAUUUAAAUGAGAGCCAAACAUUUAUAAAUCCCCCUGAAGCACUUCCCAACAACACCCAAGUUCUUUGGAUCCCAGUUUGAAGACUCCUGUCUUGGAUUAAUGCUGUUUUGGCAAAUCAGAGGGGCCUGGGCCUCAUCUGACCCGAUACCUACUUUUGUGAAGAAAUCUUUAUUGGCACACAGUGGGUCCAUCUGUUUCCAUCUGUUUGUGGCUGCUUCCCCAACACCACAGCAGGGUUGAGUUGUCACAACAGGGUCUGCCGAGCCGAAAAUAGUUCUUGGAUGGUCCCCUACAGAAAAUGGUUGCUGACCCCUGGGUGUUGCUAAGGCGAACGGGUGUUCGCCCAGUCCUGUCCUGGGGGGGAUGAAGCAGGUCCCAUGCCCCUAAGCAUCUGAGGGCAGAGAGCUCAGAUACACGGGCUCCAUGCCCAUUGAUCACUGAUUGACAGUUGAGGAGAAGCCACCAGGUUUCGACCCCUUUCAAGAGGCCCAUGGCCCGUUGUAAUCUGCAAUUUGUUCAUGCAUGAAUUUCACUUGGGUGUUCCCUCCCUGGGGGAGGCUGUGGGGUUCCUUGGCCAGCUGGCUGUCCAGCCUCUGCCCAGCCUGGCUCGGUGCUUCUGACUUAUUGCUGGCCUCCUGGGUGGCUUCGGGCAGUUGUGAGUGCUGGUAGGUGGAAAGGCUUAAUCCAAACAUACAAGGUUUGGAUUAAAAGUGUUCCGCGUUGCGUUCAGCAGCUCAGAUCUAAAAACUCGUCCACAGGCUCUGUGAAAGCAAGAAGUUCUUCAGCAGAGGGUCCCAGCAAGGGCUUAGCCGACCCGAAGCUACAGAUCAAACCCCGAGAAAGUAGGAAUGCACUUUUCUUAUGGUACUGGGGUGUGAACAGCGAACACAGCUGCCCUCACGAUGGAAUUGUGCAUCCGAAGGUUCCAGAACCCCUGCAGAGUGGCAGGCGUGGUCCCACCCACAGUCACAGCUGCCGCUCCAGCGUAAUUCCCCUCUACACCCAGACCUGGCCUCAGAAUCCUUCUCAACUCGGCAUCCUGAGAAGGCACCACCAGUGGGUGGGAGUUGGUGUGAAAGCUGAAACCUGUUUUGCUAUCCUUACUGGUUUGGGGCAUUGCUUCUCAGGAGGCAUGCAAAGUCCUGAAUGCUCAUUCUCCAAGACUAUGAUGCCAGGAUCUCACCUGCCUCGGGGCCCAACACAUGGGAGAAAAGGAACAGCAUUCGGUGGCUGACAGAUCCCCAACACCUUGGAUCGUCCGCUCGGCUAGAAGCAGAGUACAAAACUCCUCUCACCAGCAGGCGGCACUGCAGGCCAGCCUCAGGCUGCAGACCCCUUGGUCACGGUAUUCACGGGUUUAUUUCUCUCCUUCCUUGCUGCUUGGGGCUGUGCUGGACUCUCCCUCUGCCAAGCAGCUCUCUCCAGCCAUAAAGGACCUCAGGUGCUCUGCAAUGUUUGCUGACACGCCUGUGUGAGGAGCUGAUGGCUCUCACCGGUAACCACUGUGAUUGUGUGUAUGGAUGUACGUACAAGUGUACAACAGGACAAAAGCCUGUACAAGGUGUGGUUAUGUGGGUAUGCACAUACCCGUAUGUGGUCAUGGGGUCAUGUGGGUAUGCACAAUGGCUCAGACACUGCUGAUGAGUGUGUGUGUUUGUGUGUGUUUAUUCUUCACUAAAAGUGUGUCCCAAUGGAAAUCUCUAAGAAUUGAGACCCUUGGGCCACCCUGCUUCCUGGGACUAGUUCUGGCUCUGCCCAUUGUCUCACGGGCAUUUGCACAGGAACAGCUUGGGGGCUACUGAGUCCCAGCCUUCUUCUCCGGCUUCCAGUCUCAGGCCUACAGGGUCUUGGCUCUCCACUUUCUGUCUCCUGUUCCUACCCCCUGCAGCCUUGGAGGGAAGUGCUAGAAUCUGUACUAAGACAACCUUAUACUGUAUCUGCCUCAUCAUGCCCACUUGUUUCUUCCUUCUCCCUAACAGUGCCAGGGCCAAUAUGUCCAGUUGGGCAGAUUAUGCACUGCAAAAAUCUGAAGGGAGUCCCUUCAUACUAUGACUGCCAGCUGCACACAGGUGGCCCAGCUAGCUCACGGCUGUGGUAGGAGAGUUGCCUCCCACCCUGCCCCCUGGCCCAUCCCAACAUAGGCUGGAAUUCCUUCUUCUGCUAGUCUGGCCCAGAAGUGACUUAUCUUUGGCUUUGGUUGGGAAGUAGCUCCCUGAUGGGCCAUGCCCCAGAGGCCUUUGUGGUUUGAUUUAUGAAAGUGAAAUAUGGCUGGGAACUUGCCAGUUGCUCAUCUUUGCACAGUAAGGUAAACCAAAGCUCUGUAGACGGGGCUUGCUGACUCCAUGCUCCUGGCCUGUGGGUGGGGCACCUGCACAGGCUGACAGCCACAGAAUUAGGAUAAAGGCCCCUAGGCCAGACCUGUAGCUGCCGCUGGGAUGAAACCCUCUGAGGUCACCAAAGACCAGAGGCCUGGGCCAGGGGUCACAAACCCCUAUGCUGAGGGGCCAGGCAGGAAGCAGGCCUGGGUGAAGCUGAGGCAGGAUGAGGCUGGCAGACACUUGUCUCGGGGUCUGCUGUGGCUUCUGUGGCCAGCAAUGCCACCCCAGUUUUCAAGAGGAGCUACAAAUCCAGAUUUUCAGGUGUUGGCAAUGAGUUGAAAGUUGAGAAACAGCGUGCAGGCCAAAUGCCACGCAUCUCGGGCUUGAACCAGCCCUGCAAGCUCUAGUUUGCCCAGCUGACCCAGGCCCAGGGAGUUGGGUCUCUGAGACUCACAUUACCAGGAGUGCGAGGGUACCAACAUCAGAUGCACAGUUUGCGAUCUUCAGGAGACCCUGGGGGUGACCUGGUUCUGCCCUUGGUGUUCAAACUGUGUGCACACAAAUUUCUUUAACCUCCCAAGUGCCUCCCGAAAUGGUGGCAGUGCGUGCUUCCCCAGCGGUGCGGCUGCCCUGGCCUGGGAUGACCCUACCCUUGCCUCCCCCAGUGUCACCCUCCAUGGCUGCCGCUAGCACGCCGGUGGCACCUGCACUGCCUGGCUCCUUGCAGCCUUUUCCCAGGUAUGUGCUACAGGCACCAUGUGCUUGUCAGCAUGGAGCCCGCCGUCUCCUUCUUAUGCGUGUCCUGUCCCCUCCUGUUGCAACAGGGGCUUCUGCCUCUUAAAAGCCAUAAAAAUAAAUCAAAGGUUUUCAAUGCA